GUGGGAUUUGUGUACUCACCAGCGAAAGCUACCUGGACGCACAUUUACUGUCGUAUAGAGGUUACAAACACCGCUUUCACUAUGAAGAGGCCUUGUGAGGACACUACUUCUGAUAGUGACAUGGAUGAAACUAUUGAUGUUGGAAGCGAAAACAACUAUUCCGGACAAAGCAGCAGCUCCCUUAUUAGAUCCGGCUCUCCAACAACAACGUCCCAAGUUAUGGCAAGGAAAAAGAGAAGAGGGAUUAUCGAGAAGAGACGGAGAGAUCGAAUCAAUAACAGUUUAUCGGAAUUACGUCGGCUUGUUCCAACUGCAUUUGAAAAACAGGGGUCUGCCAAACUUGAAAAAGCGGAAAUAUUGCAGAUGACAGUAGAUCAUCUUAAGAUGCUCCAGGCAACUGGAGGUAAAGGCUUUUUCGACGCCCACGCCCUGGCCAUGGACUUCAUGAGCGUGGGGUUCAGGGAGUGCCUGACGGAGGUGGCCCGGUACCUGAGCUCGGUGGAGGGCCUGGACUCCAGCGACCCCCUGCGCGUACGGCUGGUCUCCCACCUCAGCACCUGCGCCUCCCAGAGAGAGGCGGCCGCCAUGACGUCCUCCAUGGCGCACCACCACCACGCCCUGCACCCGCACCAGUGGGCCGCGGCCGCCUUCCACCCCCUCCCCGCCGCCUUCCUCCAGCAGAGCGGACUCCCGGCCUCCCCCGGAGAGAGCGCCUCCGGCAGGCCGUCCGAGGCCCCGCAGCCCCAACGCGGCUCCGCCCUCCUCACCGCCACCUUCUCCCACGGCGACUCCCCCCUCCGGGCGCCCUCUGCCGGCGGGGCGGCGCCCUGCGUCACGCCCCUCUCCACGUCCCUGCUGUCCCUCUCAGCCACCGUACACGCAGCGGCUGCGGCCGCCGCGGCGGCCCAGACGUUCCCCCUCUCCUUCCCCGGAGGGUUCCCCAUAUUCGCGCCCAGCGCGGCGGCCGCAGCCUCGGUGGCGGUGUCCGCCAUUAGCCCCACGCUGUCGACCGCGUCGGCGUCCCAACAGACCAACGGCGGCAGCAACGCAGGUGGCAAGCCGUACCGGCCUUGGGGGACAGAGGUGGGAGCCUUCUGAGCCGGCCCGGCUCAAUGCUCUCGCCGUGUGGCUGGAAGUCUUCCACGCUUUUGUAGAUAUAAAGGAAAACCUUCUUGUUUCUUCGGUUGGAGGUUCUGCACCGAGCGCACGGACUUUGCUCACCAGCUUUUUAUCCGGUGUGCAGAACUUGAAGCACCUGCGUUUUAACACACUGUGGGAAAUGAAGGACGGUGGACAGCGUUUACAUACUUCACACCAAGUGGACAAACCUUACAGUCCCUCUUUUUAAAGAUUUUGAAAUGGAGAACAGCACUCAGUUUGGAUCUCGUCAUAUUGCUUUAUUCCCUUCAUAGUCUUCUUCCUUACCCAUUUCCCAGAGCAGUUAUGGGUUCAUGGCAAUGGUACAGUUUGCUGCCCAUUGGAUCAUUCUGUAGAUAUAUGGAAAUAGUGGGCCUUCUGUCUGUCAUCCAGUGUGUUUGAUUCAGUGGAGGCACCUGGAGUGAUGCCAUCUGGUAUCAUUCAUUCUUAAAUUUAAGGAGGUUGUUCAAGCUGGUCCAAAUAGCAAUAUCGAUU